AUGUCGCAAUAUGAAGCGGGGUUACAGCAUGAUCAGAGCUCCAACGCAGGGUUAGAUAUGCAAAUCUUUUGUGACUUUGUAGCUUCUCAUUGUAAUCGACCAUUGAAACCCGUGGACGGAACUGUGCUACCUGAUUGGGCAAAACCCAUGACCAGAAUUCGAUACAUGGAUGCUGAGAGUAUUACCGAUAGUGAAGAUGCUGGUUUCUUACCGAGUGAUGAGGAAGAAGCACAUUUAAAUGACGACGAUAAAUUACCAACGCCAGAAAUUGCCAGUUCUUUACGAAAUGAAAUAUUACAAGCUGAAGGUAAUUUAAAUGCUCUAUGGCAUUGUGUACGUGCGUAUAUGCAAGCUACAACAACGUGGUGGGGAGCUACAGCAGCUGUAUUGGACGAAUAUAAACGAGUGGCAGAGAUGUCAUUAUUUCCAGAGGCCAAAGAGGACAAGAAAUGUCAAAAUGAUGACAGUAACACACAUGCUACAAGAUUAGUCCAAGCGCUGACUCAAAUGCUGCAAACUUUUCAGCCAGAGUUUGAAAAAAAAUGUAAUGAGGCAGUACUUGGACCAUUGGGAGUAUUAAGUCAUGAUAUCUUACCGGAAAUUAAACAUACAUACUGGACACGACAUACGAGUCUGGAUCAUGAAAAUGAGGCCGUAAAAAAUGCAAAUGUUCGUCGAUUGGAACAAGAACGUGAGACCUUGCACGUGAAAUUACGAACUGAUGUGCAAAAUAGUAUGACAGCAUUUGUGGCUCUGCAGAAUGAAAUGCUGGCUACUAUGCACGAUCAACUUCAUGGAUUUGAGCGAGUGCAGCGUAUGCCUCGACAACGCAGUCAGUCGCAGCCAGUGCUAACUCGAAGAAGCCAUCAAGAAAGCAGAAGUCCUCGUUCGAUUGGGUUGUCUCAUGCACAGAUGACAUCAAUGCAGGAAAAUGACACUGAAGACGCUACGGCAGUGAGUGUACUUCAAGAUGAAAGCCUGGAGCUGCAGGUAUCUGCAUUGUCAGCUGGCGUUGGGGAUACCGAAGUCGCAAACAAUAAAGCUUACGAUGCUGAUGAAAGUAUGGACUUUAACAAAGCUCGAGAAAGCAUAGGAGGGGAAGAUGGCAAUGAAACUGGUGAUAACGAACAACAAACAGCUAAAGAUGAAAUUGAAGUAGGGAAGAUGGCCGAGCUUGAAGGUGAAGAUGCAGUGAAUCAGCCUAUGGAGGAGCCGAGUUCCCACAUGUGGGUGUGGGGGCGGCCCCCAAGUACAGAAGGAGGGACCGCGGUUGUGCUUCGUCCGAAAAGAGUAUCUCUGGUUAAUGGACAAUUGAUUAUUCAAGUGGCUUGUGGUGGCGAGCAUCUGCUUUAUCUAACGUCAACGGGAGAUGUCUACAGCUACGGUGAUAACGAAGACAAAAAAACUGCAGUCACGAUUGCAGCCAGCUGCAACUCGAACGACACCGAAUCAUCUCGAAGUAUCAUGAAUAAUUCAUCGUUUCUGUCACCCCAUCUUGUCGAAGAGCUUACACUGGAAAAAGCGCUUCAUCGCACGACAAUAGCAUUGAUUACAUGCGGCGCGCAGCAUUCGUUAGCCAUUACGGACGCUGGAGAGCUGUAUACAUGGGGUAGCGGUGAAGACGGGCGCCUUGGACAUGGCGACAUGCGAGACCGCGCUGUGCCACGCAAAGUCAUGAGCUUGCUGCGGGAAAGCGUAGUGAACGCGAGUUGUGGUGGUGCGCAUACUGCUGUUCUGACUGCGAAGGGCACUGUGUAUAUGUUUGGCCGCGGGCGGAAUGGUCGUUUGGGGUUGGGUGAUAAUAAAUGGCGGGAUACACCCCAUCCGAUCGUGAGGUUUCCAAAGGGAACUUGUAUUUCGCACGUGGUAUGCGGUUGGAACUUUACAGCGGCAUUAGAUCGUCAAGGUAACAUUUUUACGUGGGGCAAGACGGGUGAGGGGCAAUGUGGACUGGGGUAUGUCGACAAAGACCAAGUGGUACCGCGUUGCGUUGAGAAGCUGCGUGAGGUAGCAGGAGGUUCAUCAGUUGUCGAUGUUGCGUGCGGAUAUACCCACACUGUUGUGCUGGUAGCUACUGGUGAGUUAUAUUCGUGGGGAUUAGGAGAAUAUGGGCAACUUGGCACUGGAGAUGUCUAUCAGCCGUUACCUGCACGCGUGCAGCUGCCUCAGGACGCGUUGUGUUCCCCCGAUCAGUUGGCGCGAGUGUAUUGCGGUGCGUUUCACUCCAUUGCAACGACAGAAAAGCGCGUGAUGUUCGCUUGGGGGCUAAACUCUUAUGGUGCAUGCGGUCUUGGGCACACAGCAAACAAGGAUAAACCCGAACGCAUUGAUUGCUUUUCAUCUGAAACCGAACUCAUCGUGGCUUGCGGCCACAAGUACACUAUUGCACUUGAGGUGCACCCGGAUCUUUACGAGCACACAUCUUCGGCAUCUCGUGCAACAGCACAAGCAAGAGCAGUACUGAAUGGGCUUAACAUGCAAGGGAGGCAGCUUUCGGAUGGCAGUGAAGCGAGUGAAGAUGAUUUCUAUCUUGGCCGAGUCUUACCGGGUCCGCCAAACUCAUCGCCCGUCGUAACAAGCAGGCAACGACGAGGCUCUCCUCCAACUUUGGCAAUUGAUCUUGAUGGUGUCCCGCGUGAGGCUAUUCAUGAGAAGGAGGAGGAGCUGCGGCGAGCCAAAAAACUUUGGCGAACACGGAUUUUGCGCAAUUGGGAAGAAAAUAAGGAUACGCCUCUAGCACACUCGCUGUGGCGUCAAGGGAUCCCACCAUCGAUUCGAGCUCGCGUGUGGCCCAUGGCUAUCGGCAACAAGCUGAAGGUGACUCCGGAGAUGUUUAAGAUUUAUCGUCGACGAGCAGCCGCAUACAAGAAAGACCGAGUUGCGAAGGAGGAGAACGGCACUGUGGACGGCGGCCGCGAACAUACCCUUGCUCUGAUUGACACGGAUCUACCUCGUACGUUUCCGUCGCUGAAGUUGUUUGACUCAAGCGGUCCAUACUACGCUUUUUUGCUGGAGGUGCUCGAGACAUAUGCGUGCUACCGACCUGAUCUGGGAUACAUUCAAGGCAUGUCGUACUUGGCCGCCAUGUUGUGUCUGCACAUGCCUCAAGACCGCUACCUGACUUUCCAGUGUUUGGCUAACCUCAUGGUGAACGAACACCUCUUCACCUUUUACUUGCUGGACGCCGAUCUCGCGAACGUGUACUACACACUAUUCGAUACGUUUCUGAACUCGCGGCACCCCCGACUGCAUGAUCAUUUACGGGAGAUCGGCGUUCUUUCCUGCUCUAUGUAUUUAAUGAACUGGCUACAGACACUAUUCCUGCAGGUGCUGCCGCUCGAGUUGGCGGCUCGCGUGUUUGACAACUUUUUGCUGGACGGCACAGUGUUUCUUUUCCGGACUGCUAUGGCGAUUCACGAACUGUUAGGGCCGCAGCUGAUGGCCUCAGAAAUGGAUGUAGCACUCCCUCUGCUGCAACGCAACGUCGUUUAUCAAGAUGAGUGGAAUAUGCGUGUGUCGGAGCAAGCUCUUUUUGACACCGUGGCGACCAUUACCGUUCCCAGUCACAUUGACUCGGCACUUGACCGCGUUGUGAACAACGUCUUUUUCUAUGAGAAGCGCGGUGACCCGGAAUCUGUUGGAGGGAUGAGGAUGAUGGCAUUUGCUAGUGGUGGCCAGAGUGUCGGAAUUGGACAUGUGAAGCACGAGCGGCGUCGCAUGUACACAAUCAGCGAUGCACUGAAUGGCGUUCUGGGCGGGUUUUGA